GUGUGUGUGUGUGUGUGUGUGUGUGUGUGUGUGUGUGUGUGUGUGUGUGUGUGUGUGUGUGUGUGUGUGUGUGCGUGUGUGUGAGUGAGAGAGAGUGUCUGUCGCCUGCUCGUGUCGAUGCAUUUUCCACCAGAAUCAUUCCAUGCGACUCUAAAACUUUUGGGGAAAUAAUUGCUGAGGCUGCAUAUUAGGUGUACACUUAAAGCAUCUUUCAUGAAGCUCGUGCGCGCAGCACGAUAUUUAGGAGAGGAGUCUGCAAGGGGGCGCGCGUUUUGGGCACCAAGUAGUGGACGCACGGCGGCACGCGAAGGAUCAAGUAGCUUACUCGGAUGUUGAUUAUCUUUAUCUUUAUUAUGAUGUAUAUCUGGCGCGUGUUGCUUCCUCUCCUGGGUUUGGCAGAAGAACUGAUUUCAAGCUCCUUACUUUUGGAAAUGCACGGACUUUGGCUCCGGGGAUCCAACUUUUCAAUGUUAGUUUUUUGUGCAAGGAUUUCCAAAAUAAUAAAAGGGGGUUUCCAACGACUUUACCUGACUGAACGCUCUCAGCAAAAAACACAACAUAAAUUAUUAUAAUAGUUAUUUUUCCCACAGGUAGCCUAAACGUAGCCUCAACGCAGCCUAGUGUUUCUUGCCAAAUGCUUGAUGAAUUCAAUAUGGCUCAGCGGAUGAAUGUUUUGUGGUCAUCCUGGGCUUAAUGUGAAAGUGUGACGUUAGUAAAAAAAAAAAAAGUUCGACUUGAAUUCAGGUUUUUGGCCGGACUGCGCACCAGUCGGAAACGGGCUGAGCUUUACAUGCGCGGUCAACUUCAUCACUGACAGCGGAACUACCGAAUGGGGCGCCGUCUCCUCCUCGCAUAUCAAUACCCGCCGAGGAACAAGUGCGCGAUGUGCUGUCUCUCCCGCGCCCACUCUCUCUCUCUCCUUCUCUGCGUCUUGACCCUGACGCCGGCGGCUACAGAGGCGGGCCCGGAGACGCUGUGCGGGGCGGAGCUCGUCGACACGCUGCAGUUUGUGUGCGGCGAGCGGGGCUUUUAUUUCAGUAAACCCACGGGCUAUGGCCCCAACGCGCGACGGCCCCACAACCGCGGCAUCGUGGACGAGUGCUGCUUCCAGAUCUGCGAGCUGCGGCGCCUGGAGAUGUACUGCGCGCCCGCCAAGACCAGCAAGGCGGCGCGCUCCGUGCGCGCCCAGCGCCACACCGACCUCCCCCGAGGGGCCAAGGUCGCAGCGAAGGACCGCCGGACGGCCGCGCAGCAGCCGGACAAGGCCAAGCACAAGAGACCUUUAUCUGGGCAUAACCCUUCAUCCUGCAAGGAGGUGCAUCAGAAGAACUCAAGCCGGGGGAACUCUGGAGGCAGAAAUUACCGCAUGUAGAGAAGAAGAAGAACCAGAAGAAGAAGGAGAAGGAGAGGAGGAGACGAGCGGGCGAACACGGAGGGAUGACGCCAGCGGAGCAGAGUGGGAGAGAAGGGAGUUGUCUUACGCGACCCCCAACGUGCAGCACCUGUCGCCUGUCACUGUCAUGGAACAAAAGGAGGAAGAGCGAAGGGAGGAGGGGACGCCGACAGCACGACUACACCAGAGACUCCCACGGGGCUAAGGGGGGCUUAUGAGGGGAUGGCUACACUGCACCACACCACUUCAGCAAGAGGAACCGGGCGUUGAUGCAACGUCAAACAAAUGUAGUUUAGCUGCUGAGACACGCAAAGAAAACAAGGUUUUCGUAUACCUCUCCAUGUAUAAGAAAACACCCCUCCCCCCCACCCCCCUUUUGCCCUCCUGCCCACCCAUCCCCACGCGCCGCCUCUCGCCUCGGCUCCUCCCACUGACCCGGUGGCAGCCAAUGGGAAUCAGCGGGCAAAUCCACCUGGCCCCGAAAUCCCUGAACCUUCGAGAAAAGUUCAUUCUGAUUGAGUCACGCUUGGUUUUGCACGUACAAACACACACACACACACACACACACACACACACACACACACACACACACACACACACACACACACACACACACACACACACACACACACACACACACACACACACACACUAUCUAUCUUUAGUCGGUAUCAAAGAGCAGAGUACGACGGCCAAAAGUGGAGCCCGUCAGAACGUCGUCAUACGCCACGCAUCACUGGCGACAUAAUCAGCCGCUUUAUCUGGACUUUAUCUGGACUGGACGUCAAAACGGCACAGUCUCUUCUGCAGAAGGAAAAGGCUUUGUCCUUCAAACCAGUUUCACCUCAAGUUUGAGGAGGGUGUAGACAUUUCACAUGUCUUUACUCACUUUGGCAAAGCCAUAUUGAGCUGAAAGGAAUGAAAUCUAUGCAACCCAAAAGGGCAAUUGCUUGGUUGACAUUGCUGCUUUGAUUCAAAGUGCAUUUCUUUGUUGACUAGAUUCAAAGUGCUUUUAUUUUUAUUUUGAGGAAAAAGUGUGGGAAAAAUUCAGUACUAUUACAGUUUCCUAUUUAAUAACUAGCUGAAAAUCCUAUCUUAACCACCAGGCCAUAAUCAUAAUGAAUAUUAAAGUUGUCCUGGGUCAAAGCCAAUGAUGCUCACGACUCAUUAAAUGUUUGUUAUCUUCCAGAAGAAGGUUUUUGUUUAUUCAUUCAUGUUUUUAGUUGUUUUUCUUUCAGUAGCCUGCUAGUGCCAUAUAGUUAAUGGUUGAUCAUCCAUGGCAUUUAUCAGAUAUUAGUUUAGUGGAGCUAAGACCUUUGCCUUUUCAGAAUCCCCAGUCCUGAUCCACAACCCAAACCCGAGCAGAGUUCAGCAGAACCCAAGCUCUCGGAACACUAAUUCAGUAGCAAUACUGGGGGCAAGUGAAUGAUGCAAGAUUCACUGUAAAAUGACAGAUGCGUCUGCUCAGCUUACAGACGAGUCCUACUGGAUCACAUGCAGACUGUCGGCAGACAAUAUAUGCAGACACAAACACACACACCAUACACACGCACACAUACACCAUACACACACACACACAAUGUAGGUGAGUGAAUUGUGCAACUAUGAGCAAGGUUCAAGCUCAAACACACAUGAAUACAAACACGUAUUGACCAGACAGGUUCCCGUCAAAUAAAGCCUUUUCGAGGAAACAGUUUGUGUUCGGAAGAAAGUAAAGGCUGUAUACACACGCCUAACAACCCCCCUCCCGCCCCCCCUAUUCCCGUUACCUUCCUGGUGAUCCCACAUCCGCCGCUGCGAUCUCCGUCUACAUAACGUAUAAUCCAUCUAUCUCCCCCCUACAACCACCAACUCCACCCAAACCCCUCUCCUAUCCACACCCCUUCCUCCUCCUCCACCACCACCCAUCUAUAAGCAGUAUCCUAUGCAUUCUUUCACUAUCAUUGUACACGAUGGAGACUCCUACUAUAACAAAGCUGUAUCACACAGGCCCUCCCUCCCCCUCCCCUAUUCACUGUAUAAUGGUGCUAUUUUGUAGGUUGUUAUUUAGGCGGGAGAUGGCAGGCAGAGACAAUAGAGAUGGCCGGGCUGACAGAGGUUACCCCUUUGCACAGCCUUGAGGCCUCCCGUUUACUAGUGUUUUUAUUUGUAAAGCUGUUUUGAACAAGGUCAGAAAGCAGGAAGGGGGGCAAAUGUAUUUGUGUGAAUAUCUGUGAAUGCAUGGAACGUGUAUCAUGUUGUCCCAAAUGCUAUUUUUUUCUACUGUUUUUAAAUUAUUGUUUCUCGAUAACGAAGAAAAGAAAAAUCCCUAUGCCAAAUAACUUGACAGAAGUACUGUGAAGUGUGGUCUUCCAAUGUUUGAGUCAUUGUUCGAGUCAUGGUGUACUUUUGUCUCGCAGUACGUAUACGUAGACCUCACUGAAAGGCAAUGUAUUGAAAUUCAAGAAAACAACAAACCAUGCAUUCUUCUUUUGAAAAACCUAAUCAAUCACCACUUCCUUUGAAAAUGAUCACCCAAUAGUACUUGCAGACAACUGUUAACAAAUUUAGAAUGGAAGCAAUCCGCUGGCAAAGUCUGACUAACCAACAUGACAGAAUAUACAACACAAUACAUUUGACAUGAUCGUAAUAAUUAUAUCAUCUUUUUCUAUCGCCCACUGUAUACCAAAGAUAUUUUUGAUGGAAAAAGCCUCACUUUAAAUUAUCAUACGCCCCAUUGUCCACUGUUGACCAGCUCAUAAAAAGAAAGAACGAUAAUUCCUAUUUAUAAUAAUACUUCCAUUACAGCAACAAUACGCCCGGGCAGACAUUGUCCCCGGUUCGUCACAAUAAUCAUGCUAGCUUGUUUUCAAAAUGACCAGCUAGCAUCGUCCACGUUUAAAUGUUGGCUAAACCAAGAAACAGCCACUGAUAUCUCCUAACAUCAGCGCAACAAAGAACAAACACGAUCAAAACGCUUUGAAUUUCCCAAUCUUUGAGUGUCCCAACUUGUGCUGUCAAAUGUCUGAAACCAUAUUCAAAUUAAUUGUAUUCCUUUGUUGUUUGAUGUUGUAAUGUUUUUGCUAAAUGCUCACAUUUGGGAGAACCCCCCCCCCCCCCUCUUAAGUCUCUCCCAAAUGACCUGACCCGAGUAGGACACUUCACGAGCUCACCUCUCUAAACACCCUUCAAGGACUAAAGCGUCCGUUUGCGUUGCAGCGCUUUACAGCCUUCUGUCGAUAAAGUUUUAAAAAUACAGACAAAUUGUUCACCGUUCCUGCUGAAUAAACCACUUGUCACCAUCA